ACCCAUCACCGUCACCCUCGGUGGUUGUCGGGUCCGGUAAGGAGGGGUGGCCUCUGUUACGCCUGAUGGUUAACUCAUCAUGUCCCUGAUCGGGCGCGGGUCGCCCUCAGAGCGCCGGGUCCACUGACCCGCGCGGAGGGCAGUGACGGCUGGUGGGCGCGCACGGGCCGUCCCGGCCGUCACAGCUGUCACGCGCGGCUCGCUGUGACGUGCCGGACGCUGACGGACGCCCCCGCGGCCGCCCAGUGACCACUAUCCAGGUGUCGGACAGCUCGCGCGCAGUCCCCGCCCGCAGCCAUGGAUCCUCGGACUCUGCUGAUCGUGACGCUGCUGGCCGCUGCCGCCAGCGGCCAGAGCUUCCGUGACCUGUUCAGAGACAUCUUUGGGUCGCUGAGCCGCCCAGGGAACAGCACCAGUGGGGGCGGCACGCGGACCUCCUUCUGGUACCCCGAAUUCACCAGCUUAUUCGGCCAGCGCCAGUUCUCCGUCCGACUCGUCGGCGGCAGCAACUCUCGCGAAGGUAACGUGGAGGUGUUGAUCUACGGCUCGCGUGGUGUCGUUGGUGGCUGGAGGUCGGUGUGUGACAUCGGCUGGACCCAGGCUCACGCUGAGGCCGUCUGCAGACAGCUCGGCUUCCCAGGAACCGCCGUCGCCACCAGAAAUGGACGCUUCGGAUUCAGAAGCACCGGGACGGGUACCAUGGUCAGCAACUGUCAGGUGGGGGCCGGCGGCCGCGGUCUGCGCGACUGCUUCUAUCGCGGCCUGGGCACUACCGAGGGCUCCUGCCGCUCCAACAACAUCGCCGGCGUCAUCUGCGGCACCGACCCGUCCUCGCCCUACGGAGGGAGGAUGGAUGUGCGUCUGCGAGGCGGCGGCACCAGAGGCGACGUCGAGGUCCGAUAUGGUGGCCGCGGCUGGGGACCCGUCUGCGGUGACGGUUUCGACCUGAAGGAUGCCACGGUGGUGUGCCGUCAGCUGAGCCUGGGAGCCGCCAAGAGGUCGUACAUUAGUGGCCGUCGUGCUAGCGGCGCGUUCAUCCUGGCCGGAGUGGAGUGUUCCGGCCGCGAGACCAGCCUAGCCCAGUGCCGCUCCGUGAGGGGCGCCUCGGUCCGCUGUGCCGGAAACCAGUUCAGCGGCGCAGCAGUCGAGUGCGCCGGACAGCAGUCCCGCGAUCUUCCAGACCUUAGAGUGGACGCUCAGGAGCUCCAAGACAGCGCCAUCCUGACCACCGAGACACUGGGUGACCUCGAGUGUGCCCUCGACGAGAACUGCCUCGCCAAGACCGCCGCCGAAAUUAAGCGUCGCGAGCCCACUCUGUGGAGGACGCGCACAAGGAAGCUGUUCCGCUUCACCAACAAGGUGUGGAACAAUGGAAAGGCGGACUACCGGCCCAGGGCGGACCCGUCCCAGUGGGAGUGGCACGCCUGUCACGAGCAUUACCACAGCGAAGAGAGCUUCUCGGAGUACGACCUUACAUAUGAAGGAACGGAUACCAAGGCAGCCCAGGGACAUAAGGCCUCCUUCUGCCUUGAAGACAGCGAAUGCAGAAGAGGAAUUACUCAAAAGUACCAGUGCUACAUAGAGCGGGGCACCCGGCCGCCCCAGGGCAUCCGUGCUGGCUGUGCCGAUAUCUACGGCUCCUACAUCGAUUGCCAGUGGAUCGACGUUACUGAUAUAAGAUCCGGCAAAUACGUCUUGCGGGUGCGUAUAAACGCCGACCGGAAGGUUCCAGAGGUCAGCUUCGACGACAACCAGGUCAUCUGCAGCGUGGACCUGAACCUGGAAGAUGAAACAGUCCGGGUGACCAACUGUCGCAACGCUCCCCUGUAGGCAGAAAGAUCCAGAGGCGCGGGGGUGGUGGGGAUUGUCGCAGUGCUGUGUUUGUGUAUACCGGACAAACUUCAAUCCAUCAAUUUACGGAUGGAAUGAGAAUGCACAUAAAUACAGACUGAAACAUAUUCGGCUUGGUAAUUAGUUAACAAUCAAUAUAUGUAAAGCCGAUAAAGCCGAUUUAAAUUAAAUACAGACUGAUAUUGAAUAUGCAUGAACUAUGUCACCAAAGGCGUGUAAACAGAUGAAUUCAAAAUAAAAAUAAUUCAUUAACA